CAUGUGAAGGAGGAGGAGGAAGUUUCCACAGAGGAGCAGGAGGAGGAAGAGGAGGAGGACUGGGAAAAGGCAUUAUCAGUGGAGAGGUUCGUGGACAUCAUCACUGACUCUGCGUUCAGCGGUGGAGAAAAGAUGGGCCGCAACUACAACGAGAAGGAUUUUGAGUAUCACCGGCACACCUUUCACCACACCCACCACCCGCUGUCCACCCAUCUACCCCCACCCCAGCGUCUACGCAAGCGGGUGCUCAGCAUGGACCGUAACCACUGGCGCAAGAAGAAGCGCAAGAACAAAAAAACCUCCAUGGCGCCCUCGGAGGUCACGCCCACCAUCCAUGAGGUAGACGAGGAGGAGGAGGUGUCUGAAACAGAGGGGCGGGACCUGGCAGCCACGCCCACCGAGCAGCCCGAUGACCAACUGCAGUUUAGCCUGGGGAGUGAGGAGAAUUUGGAGCCGGCUCUCCCCCUAACUUCCUUCCACAUGGAGAGCGAACAACAACAUCCGCCGCCAGAGAAGGCCACACUGGCCACGGCAGAAGAGGAGGAGGUGGUGGAGGGGGAGAUGGAGGAGGGGGAGAUGGAGGAGGAGCAGCAACAACAGGAGGUUCGGGAGCAACCAGAGGAUGAGGAGGGUGAUGAAGAGUCCACCAACAGGUGCCCCCCCUCUGCGGACCCCCCUAGCAUGACCACCUGCGGCUGGUUCAGGAGGAAUCCUCUCCACCCUGCUCCGCGGACCAGUUACGACCUGCGGGAGCGCGUCUGCAUUGGCAGCAUGACGGCCAUGGAAACAGCCGUGUACCAGAAGGUGCCCACCGACGAGGCUGAGGCUCAGAUGCUGGCUAGCGCCGACCUGGACGACAUGAAGAGUCACCGAUUCGAGGACAACCCUGGGGUGAGGCGUCAUCUGGUGAAGAAGUCGUCUCGAUGCCAGCUCACUCGGAACAGCGACAGCUCUCCGCCCCAGUCCAGCCUGAAGAGGAAGAAGAGAAUGGCCGACAAGAAGACCCAUGAGGUGUUUGUGGAGCUCAACGAGCUGAUAGUGGAUAAGAACCAGGAGUUGCUCUGGAAGGAGACGGCCCGUUGGAUCAAGUUUGAGGAGGACGUGGAGGAGGAGACAGACCGCUGGGGAAAACCCCAUGUGGCCUCGCUCUCCUUCCGCAGCCUGCUGGAGCUCCGCAGGACCAUCACACAUGGUGCUGUCCUGUUGGACCUGGAGCAGACCACUCUGCCUGGCAUUGCACACCUGGUGGUGGAGACCAUGGUCAUCUCAGACCAGAUCAGAGCGGAGGACCGGGCCAACGUGCUCCGCACCCUGCUGCUCAAACACCACCACCCCAAUGACGAAAAGGAGGGCCUUUUCCAUCGCAACCACUCCACCAACAGCCUUCACGGCAGCUCCCAACGCAACCACAACCACGUUCCCGACACCACGGCGCCCGAAGUGGCUGAAGAUCAUGCAGAGGUCAUGCGCCAUGAAAACAAGCAGCAGAGCAGAGAUGUGUUUGUGAGCUUGUCUAAAUCACUCCAUCCCCCCCUGCCGAUGGCUCUCCAACAACAGGUUACCAAACACACAAAACUCCUAGCCAAGAUUCCCAAGGACGCAGAAGCAACCGUGGUCUUAGUGGGUUGCGUGGAGUUCCUGGAGCAGCCAGCCAUGGCCUUCAUCAGGCUGAGUGAGGCGGUCCUGCUAGAGUCGGUCCUGGAGGUGCCGGUGCCGGUCCGUUUCCUCUUUGCCUUGCUUGGACCCGCUCAGUCCAACAUGGACUACCAUGAGAUCGGACGCUCCUUCUCCACCCUCAUGUCCGACAAGAACUUCCACGAGGUGGCCUACUUUGCGGACGACCGGCAGGACCUGCUGAAUGGCAUCAACGAGUUCCUGGACUGCAGCAUUGUCAUCCCCCCUUCAGACGUGGAGGGCAAGGACCUGCUGAAGACGGUGGCCUCCUUCCAGAAACAGAUGCUGCGCAAGAGAAAGGAGAGAGAGAACAUGAAGCCCCCCUGGACAGACCAGGAGACCAAAGAGGUGAGCCAGGAAGAGCAGGAGGAGGAGGACCAGGAGGUGGACCCCAUGAAGCGGUCGGGCAUCCCCUUCGGAGGCCUCAUCCAUGACAUCAAGCGGCGCUACCCGCGCUACGCCAGCGACAUCAAGGACGCCUUGGACUCACAGUGCAUCGCCGCUGUCAUCUUCAUCUACUUCGCCGCCCUCUCGCCCACCAUCACCUUCGGAGGGCUGCUGGGAGAGAAAACAGAGGGCAUGAUGGGAGUGUCUGAGCUCAUCAUCUCCACGGCAACCCUGGGGGUACUGUUCUCUCUGAUGGCCGGACAGCCCCUCCUCAUCAUUGGCUUCUCAGGACCCCUGCUGGUGUUUGAGGAGGCCUUCUACAAGUUCUGCCAGGCUCAUGGCUUUGAGUACCUGACGGGCCGGGUGUGGAUCGGCUUCUGGCUCGUCUUCAUAGUGCUGUUGAUAGUGGCGGCCGAGGGAAGCUUCUUGGUUAAAUACAUCUCACCCUUCACCCAGGAAAUCUUUGCCUUCCUCAUCUCACUCAUCUUCAUCUACGAGACCUUCUCCAAGCUCAUCAAGGUAUUCCAGGAGCAUCCUCUGAUGAGAAGCUACCCGCCUGCCUUCGGCUUGCCCGGCAUGGAGUUCCCCGAUGGCCCCGUCCUAAACCAACCCAACACGGCCCUGCUGUCUUUCGUCCUCAUGCUUGGUACCUUCUUUGUGGCCUACUUCCUUAGGAAAUUGCGCAACAGUCGAUUCCUGGGCGGAAAGGCCAGAAGAAUCAUCGGAGACUUUGGCAUCCCCAUCUCCAUUCUGUUUUCUGUACUGUUGAGUUACUCCGUCCCCGACACAUAUACCCAGAAGCUGAAUGUACCGUCUGGUUUCUCGGUCACGUCUCCCGACAAGCGGGGCUGGUUCAUCAGUCCGUUCGGCGACCUCAAGCCGUUCCCCGCAUGGAUGAUGGGGGCGUCGGUGGUGCCCGCCCUCCUCGUCUUCAUCCUCAUCUUCAUGGAGACACAGAUCACCUCACUCAUCGUCAGCAAGAAGGAGCGUCGCCUGGUCAAGGGCUCGGGCUUCCACCUGGACCUGCUGCUCAUCGUCACGCUGGGCGCCAUGUGCCCUCUGUUAGGCCUACCCUGGCUCACCGCCGCCACGGUGCGCUCUGUCACGCACGUCAACGCCCUUACUGUCAUGAGCAAGGCCACGGCGCCCGGCGAGAAGCCAGUGAUCCAGGAGGUGAAGGAGCAGCGGGUGACGGGCCUGAUAGUCGCCGUGCUCGUGGGCAUGUCCCUGGUGAUGACAGACGUGCUUCGUCACAUUCCGCUGGCCGUGCUGUUCGGGAUCUUCCUCUACAUGGGCGUCACGUCCAUCACCGGCAUCCAGCUCUACGAGCGCAUCACUCUCAUGUUCACGCCCGCCAAGCACCACCCCGACCACAUAUACGUGACCAAGGUGAAGACAUGGCGUAUGAACAUGUUCACCAUCAUCCAGCUGACCUGCAUCAUGUUGCUGUGGGUGGUCAAGUCCACCGUGGCGUCGCUCGCCUUCCCCUUCAUCCUCAUCAUGACCGUGCCGCUCCGCCGCCUCAUCCUCUCCCGGAUCUUUGAGGAGCGUGAGCUCCAGGCGCUCGACGGGGAAGACGAGUCAUCCCCCAACUUUGAUGAGGAUGGUCGGGACGAGUAUAACGAGAUUCACAUGCUUGUGUAGACACGUGACACGGGGGAGGACCAAUAGGCUCUCUCCGUCUUCCAACGCUAACCAAUUACGAGCAAGCUUCUUUGGAAGACAAACCUUAUUAUGUCUGGGUAGCUGUGUCUUUGAACAACCCCCCAGAUGUGCUGAGGGUAGGAUAUUUGUCCAACAGAGAAACAUUAUUAUGUAUACAUAUAUAUUAUAUGUGUAUAUUACUGUGUGUAUAUAUAUUCAAAUCUUGCUCUUCUUUGAUCUAAAAAUGCUGUAAAGGAAUAACCCCACUGUUAUGAUUUGUUUCUGUUUGUCCCGCUCCAACUAUAUUUUCUUAUCUCAGAAGGUCAGAUACAACUCUACUGCCCUACUGUGGGCUUAGUGGGUCAGAAGGUCAGUAACAACUGUACUGCCCUACUGUGGGCUUAGUGGGUCAGAAGGUCAGUAACAACUGUACUGCCCUACUGUGGGCUGAGUGAGUCAGAAGGUCAGUAACAGCUCUACUGCCCUACUGUGGGCUGAGUGGGUCAGAAGGUCAGUAACAGCUGUACUGCCCUACUGUGGGCUGAGUGGGUCAGAAGGUCAGUAACAGCUCUACUGCCCUACUGUGGGCUGAGUGGGUCAGAAGGUCAGUAACAGCUGUACUGCCCUACUGUGGGCUGAGUGGGUCAGAAAGUCAGAAUGGUCAAGCUCACUACAGAUUCCAGGUGGAACUAUAAUGUCCACAGCCCCAAGGAUUCCAGGAGGUUGGUUUCCUCUCCCAGUGUUGGAGUCCCAUAUAUCUGGGGCACCGGUGGGAUGAACAUUGGUUGUACGACAGCCUCACGGGGGGUUUCACCAGGAGCCAAUACUCCACUGCCUUUCCCCUCUUCUUCGUACUGUAGGCAUUAUCAGUGCAAUUUGAUGACGUCGCUAACCAAACAGGGAGUUUGACGUUCCCUGUUAUUUGUUUUCACUGUGUGUACUCCCCUUUAGUUGUUUGCUCCUCGCAGGACACAUUCACCUUUGACCUUUGCGAUUCACCUGCACUGCCACACCAGUUCCCUGGUCCAAUAACAGAAGAAGAAUCAUUGGAUGAGCCCUCUCAAUGCAGUUCCCCCUGAAACGAAGAUGCACUGAGGACUGCGUGUGUUUUGGAGCAGUUUUACUUCAUGAGGUAUAUUCUGCCUUACAUGCCAGUCCAAUUAUUGUGUAUUGACUGUGGAUGUAUAUGUGAACACAUUGAGAUCUGCUGACCUUGAAUAUGUUUCAAUGUUUUGUGACCAUACGAAUGAAAUGUUAUCCUACCUAUUUAUUAAAAUGUUGUAUUAGUUGCCAAAAUUCUAUGAAGCCAUAUUGACAUAUGAGAUUCUAAAUGUCUCUUAGUUGGAGGAAUUUACAAUUAAUAACUUUAUUCAAAACCUUUGUCACAGUCACCAGAAUUAUGCCACAGGUAUCAGAAUCACUGUAUAGCACCACUGUCAUUGUGUACUUCCAUAUUCUGAGGGCAACUGUUGGAUGUGAAGGGUACAGAAGCUUCAAGUGAAACUAACCCUUGAACUGCAAAUAGAUCAUUAACCAUGAGUUUGUUGUUCCUGUUGUGAACACAAAUCAGUCAUGGACAUUUUAAAAUGUUGUUCAAGUUAUACACAGUUGGUUCAGACGUGAUUCUGUACAACAUAGCAUUUGUUAACAGUGACUGGAAUGGACUCUUUACCUCAAGGUUCAAGUUUAUACCCCACACCGAAUGUCUGUGUGUUUAAAAUGUACGUUUUCAUGAGCUCUGCUGCAUAUAAUCUUUUGGCUCUGGUUGUAUUUAAACUAGAUACUAGGAUUGGAGACUUUCUGAAUGCAUUUUGUGUAUGGCAAACCUACUUAGCCCCACACCAUGUGAGACUUAUUUAAUGUAUAGGCCUACCCACUGGGCACACACUGGUUGAGACAAUGUUGUUUUCAUGUCAUUUCAAUGAAAUGACGUUGAACCAACGUGGAAUAGACGUUGAAUUGCGGCCAGGGGACGGGGAAAGACCUAUACUCAGCAAAAUAAUUCCUCAGUCAUCGGGGGGGGAAAUAAUUGGAAGUGUGGUUAUUAUUCAAGAUAAUAAAAAGGUAUAGCGUUGUUCUGUCAGUAUUCUCGUGAGUGUUGGAACAGGGACAUGAAUGUCUCAUUGUUAUGGGCCCGGGAAAAAGGCCUUGCAUGUUAGACGUUGGGAAUCCACAAAGCUUCGUCGCCUAACACCUCCAUGCUAGCACAGACCAGACCACCCACCCAAAUUCUAGGAAUAUAGCCUUGUUAUGUUUUUUAACCGCAGUUACCUAGACCUCUCGCUUGAUUGAAAGUCUCCGGGCCCUUUAUUUCUCAUCUGAUUGGAUGUCUAGGACAUGGAAGGUUUUUGUUAUCUGUACAAUGUGCACACUUGUGAAGGCUAUUAAUAUGUAGACAAUCAGAAAUGUAUGCCUGUAUAUCUUUAUGUAUCUACUCUGAUAAGGAAUAUGAUAGAACCUCUAACCAUGUGGCAACAUCCUAUUGUAUUAUGUUCUAGUUUUUUCCCCAAUCUUUUUUUGUACUGCAUAUUCAUCUGAAUGAAUGAGUCAUUCCCUACAAGUUUGUGCCAUGUAAUGAAUAUGACGUUAUAAAGGUGAUGAUCACCUUUAAAUAGUUAUUAUUCCCUUUAGAAUUCUCUAAGCGUCAGGUCAGUGAUUAUUUAAAGGAUAAUUUUACUUUAAUUGAGGGUUUUGAGGCAUUGAAAAUAUGUCCUGCAGGCCACUUGUAAUGAAGCACUUAUGACAUACAAUACUAUGUAUGCCUCAAUACAGGACAAUGUCUUUAGUGUCAUGUAGAAAUUUGAAUGGUUUAUACAUGCUAUACCUGUGUGUUAAAAUCAGCCUGAAGCCAUGUCACACACAAAUAUAGUGACACACACAAACACAUUGACACACACAAACAGAGAUAUAACUAUUUCUGCUCUGAAAACGAUACCUGACUAUAAUGACAAAGUGUGGUUUGUCUGUCUGAGAUUUUUUUAAAUGUGAGUUUAUUUUAUGGUAAAUUAUGAAUUACUUUAGCAAUACUGAAAUAGACUUACUGUAUGUUAUGUGGAUACUUGAAUAGCAGUUCAGCCUGCUGUUAUUGUAAAGGGGUUUUCAAACUACUUGUAAAACAAAUUAUUUUUUUGUCUGAAAAUAAAUAUUUAUUAUGUGUUUCAAAUAAAUCUAUCAAUUCUUUAUUCAAAACUCAUUUAAAUACAUAACAAUAUAAUACAACACUAUUAGCGCCGUUGUUUAAUAUAAAAAUGUAUGGGUGUGCAGUGGCGAUGUGUCAGGUGGGGCAGGCGGGGUGGAGCCCCACCAAUAUCCAGGAGAUUUGCAUGCAAUUCUGUUAUUUCAUGUCACA